AUGAGUGAAGACGAAGAAAUAAGAUCAGCCAAGAGACAGAAGGUUCUCGAUUCAGAAGCUGAAAGAGUCGCAGAAGCUGCCGAAGAAUCCCUUCGUAAACAUCCCCAUGGUGACCGUGAUCAACCAUUAGUUCAUCAUGAUGCUGGAGAAUUUCUGGGAUUAAAACGUCAUGAAACCACAUCUGAACAAGCUGAAAAAUUGGAAAACGGUCCAAUUAAUCCAUUUACUGGGAAUCAAUUGGGUCAGAAAUAUUUUGAUAUUUUGAAAGUAAGACGUGAUUUACCUGUUCAUGCUCAACGUGCCGAAUUCUUGAAGAUAUUCCAUAGUUCACAAAUUAUGGUAUUUGUUGGGGAAACAGGGUCCGGUAAGACUACUCAAAUCCCUCAGUUUGUGUUAUAUGAUGAAAUGCCUCAUUUGACUGGGAUGCAAGUUGCAUGUACGCAACCUAGAAGAGUUGCUGCCAUGUCUGUGGCUGCGAGAGUGGCAGAUGAAAUGGAUGUUAGUUUAGGUGAAGAAGUUGGUUAUUCUAUUAGAUUUGAAAAUAAGACAUCUAAUAAGACGAUUUUGAAAUAUAUGACUGAUGGUAUGUUGUUAAGAGAAGCAAUGGAAGAUCAUGAUUUAACAAGAUAUUCAUGUAUUAUCCUAGAUGAAGCGCAUGAAAGAACAUUAGCAACCGAUAUUUUAAUGGGCCUCCUCAAGCAAGUUUGUUUAAGAAGACCAGAUUUAAAAAUCAUCAUCAUGUCUGCAACAUUAGAUGCCGAAAAGUUUCAAAAAUAUUUCCAUAAUGCUCCAUUAUUAGCCGUUCCAGGACGUACAUUCCCCGUCGAGAUCUACUACACUCCCGAAUUCCAACGUGAUUACCUCGACGCCGCCAUUCGUACCGUCUUACAAAUCCACGCCACAGAAGAUCAAGGAGAUAUCCUUCUUUUCUUAACCGGUGAAGAAGAAAUCGAAGAUGCUUGUCGAAAAAUCUCCCUUGAAGGUGAUGAAUUAAUUCGUGAUCAAAAUUGUGGUCCAUUGAAAGUAUAUCCCUUAUAUGGAUCCCUUCCACCCCAUCAACAACAACGAAUCUUCGAACCCGCCCCUAUCAACCCCAGCACCAAACCAUACGCUAGACCAGGUCGUAAAGUUAUCGUAUCCACAAACAUCGCCGAAACAUCCCUUACGAUCGAUGGGAUAGUCUAUGUCGUCGACCCCGGUUUCUCGAAACAAAAAGUCUAUAAUCCAAGAGUUAGAGUCGAAUCAUUAUUAGUCUCCCCUAUUUCAAAAGCAUCAGCACAACAACGUGCCGGUAGAGCAGGUCGUACGAGACCAGGGAAAUGUUUUAGGUUAUAUACUGAAGAAGCCUUCCAUAAAGAAUUAAUCCAACAAUCUUAUCCGGAAAUCCUUAGGUCAAAUCUUGCAUCUACUGUAUUAGAAUUAAAAAAAUUGGGAAUUGAUGAUUUGGUACAUUUCGAUUUCAUGGAUCCUCCUGCUCCAGAAACCAUGAUGAGAGCAUUAGAAGAAUUGAAUUAUCUCCAAUGUCUUUCCGAUGAGGGGGAGCUUACCGCUUUAGGGAGAUUGGCUUCUCAUUUCCCCUUGGAUCCGAUGUUGGCUGUGAUGUUGAUUGGAUCACCGGCGUUUGGAUGUUCAGAAGAGAUAUUGACGAUUGUGGCAAUGUUGAGUGUUGCGAAUGUGUUUGUUCGUCCUGCUAGUGCGAGAAAGAGGGCCGAUGAGGCAAAAUUGUCAUUUGCUCAUCCUGAGGGAGAUCAUUUAACUUUGAUAAAUGUGUAUGAGAGUUUUAUGACUGCUAGUGAUAAAGGUGGUGUUCAUCAAUGGUGUAGAGAUAAUUUCCUUUCUUAUAGAUCGUUAACUAGUGCUAAGAAUGUUAGGUCUCAAUUGAGGAGAAUUAUGGAAAGGUAUGAUUUGGAAUUAGUUUCAAAAUAUGGUGAGAUUGGUGAGGGAGUAUAUUGGGAUAAUAUUAAGAAAGCCCUUGUUGGUGGGUUCUUUAUGCAAGUGGGGAAGAAAAAGCUGGGAACUGGAAAGACUUAUUUAACUGUUAAAGAUAAUCAAGAGGUUUUGAUUCAUCCUUCUACUGUUGUUUCUAAAGAAGGUGAAUGGAUGAUUUAUAAUGAAUUUGUGUUGACUUCUAAGAAUUAUAUUAGAACUGUCACUACUAUUAAACCGGAUUGGUUGGUAGAGUAUGCACCAAAGUAUUAUAAUCUUGAUCAUUUCUCUAAAGGGGAUGUUAAAUUGAGUUUGGAAAGAAUUAUUGAAAGAGUGGAAGCUUCGAAGAAGUUUGAUUCAAAGAAGAAGUAA